AUGGCUAUAAAUAAAGGAACUCUCUCCCAUGGUGCAACGCAAGCCAAAGCGCUAACGCAAGUGGCAGUAGUAAGCUGUAUACAAUGCGGAGGGGGUCAUGUUGUGGAAGUUUGCUCGUCAAAUCAACAGACAGUAUACUCUAUCCAGAACAACCCAUUCAGCAACACGUACAACCUAGGUUGGAGGAAUCAUCCCAACUUCAGUUGGGGAGGAAACAACGACCAGGGGAGUCAAAGAAACAUGCAGACCAAUCAUUCAGGGAAUCAAGGCAAUCCUCUGGUUUUUCAUCAUCAGGGUCAAGGUCAGAGUAACUAUCAGAACAGGAAAUCGCACAACCAACCUUUUUCAUCUACACCUCAUCCAAUUCGUCAUCUUUGGAAGCUUUGCUCAAGCAAUACAUCGAAAAGAAUGAUGCGAUCAUGCAAUCGCAAGCAUCUUCCAUUAGGACUUUGGAGGUGCAGGUCGGGCAGCUUGCGGUCGAACUUAGAAACAGAACACCUGCGAAUGAACGAUUUAAGUGAACACUGCAACGUCUUAUCAUUAAGGUUUUGGGAUAAGCGUUGUGAUGUUGGUGAUACAUUGAAACUUCAGGGGCCGAGCACAAAGAGUACCCCUGCCACCAAACCUGAGGUGGUGCUCCCAAUACCUUCAACCGAAAGUGAGCUGAAAAGAAAAGACGACAAUGAGGUGUUCGAGAGUAUCCUGAGCCAUUUAGAGAAGAACGGGGGGUUGCCAGAGGCUGGAGUAGUAAACCAACCCUUGCCGUCAGACGAAGAGUUAGCUUUGGUUUCACGGAGAAUGGCCCUCACCACCUCAGAUCCUAAGGAGACUGCCCCAACAGACUCUAAUGAGGGACACACAAGGGCUGUUCUAAAGGGUAUGGAGGCGAAGAAGUGGACGGAGAAAUCUGGAGAAAAGAAGGAGAGAAUAGUUGAAGAGAAAUGGGCAGAAGAAGAUGAAGUUGCCCAGCUGGAGAAAGAGAAGAAAGAAAAACAGAGAAGUGAAAGAAAGCAGCGUAGGCGAGAAGAGAAACGCCUGAGGAAAGAGGAAGAAAGGAGGAAAAGGGCGGAAAGUUUGGAUGUCGAUAGAGAAUCAAGCACCGCAAUUGUAGAAGCUGUCUCUUAUACACAUCUAGAUGUGUAUAAGAGACAGAAUCUAUAG